AGCUGUACACUACAGCUCCGUGUCAUUCACUUGUUUAUCAGGUCAAGUUAAUUGCCCUUCUUUGAAUUCUCCAAGCUACCCUUUUAGUUUUUGUUUGUUUGUGAUCAUCCAUGGAAAAUGACAAGAGUUUCAGAAAUGGGGAAGAUGAGCAAGAAGAAGAAGAGGCUAAGAUGGAGAAGUUUUUCGCGUUGAUUCGAAGCUUUCGAGAGGCACGUAACUAUAGAAGAAAGGAAUUAAUGAACGAUUCUCAGGUGAUGAAUAACAAGAAGAAGAUGAAGAGGGUAGGUGGAGAUCACUCAAGUUGGGUUCCUAAAUUUGAGUGGGAGGAUUUUACUAAAGAAGUUGAGUUCGUAAGGCCUCCUCUAAUCUUUCCUAGUCCAUGCAACAACAAAGAGAAAGACAAGGAAGAACGAGAAGACACUGGCUUAGACCUCAGACUCACCCUCUAGCUAUAGAUUCAAAUCAAUUUAAAUGUGAUCUUCUCUUAUAUUUAAAUAUUAAUCUAAUGAUAUUUAUAUUUUGAUUUUUUUUUCAUU